AUGAAGACUUCCACCAUUUUCGCCGUAUUCGCAACGGCCAGCGUCGCCGCCGCCGGCCCCGUCGGCCUUACCACCGACCAAGAGGGCGCCAUCAUCGCCAUCAGAGCGCCUCCUUCGCAGCCGGGCACGAUUCAGGAAGAAAGUAAAGAUAAGCAUCCUAAUUACCCUCCGUGGGUACACACGUCCGGUGGACCUUCGCCCCUGCCCGGUCACUCCCAUCCCUCUACAUACUCGCCCUAUGGCGGCUCGCCACAACCACCCUUGCCCGCUUACGCAGCCUAUGAAAUCAAUAAGCCCCCGCGCCGAGAGACCAUGCCGCCCAUGACCCCGUGGGACGAGUCGGAAAGGGCGAGUUGGAAAAAGCGCGUCCGUCAACUCUUGCCUGGACGCAAGUCCAGUGGUGACUCGGCCCUCCAACGACGGGGAUCCGCAAUGUCUGCAAUGUCUUCGGUCUAUUCACACUACUACCCACCGCAAGGCACGAGCGCAGCAGGCUACCAGCAACUUGCGAAGCUGCCGCCCCCUCCGGAAGAACCUGAAGACAAGCACCCCAGAGUCCCGCGCCUCAUAGGCCUGCCCGAAGAGAUAGACGAAAUGGAUAAAGACAAAGUCUUUAAAUGGUGUUUUGAGGCGUGCAUGGAGAGUAUUCCUAAACAGCUUGGAGCCGAUGCUCAUGUGUGCCCUGAUGUUGUCAAAGAGCAAGGUGAGAAGGACUGCAACAAGCUGUGCCGCUUGCAAGUAGACAUACAACACGAACAACUCCGCAAGCAGGCAGAGCGCGACGCGCGCCAUGCAGCUGAUAUCGCCGCUCGUAAGGCUGCCUAUGAGAAAGCCCUCAAGAAAGCCUACGGCCACACAUAA